UGCAGACAGGAAAGCAGCUGAAGGAGGAGACAUCCAGGAGAUAAAGAGUUAAGCUUGUUUUUAAAAAAGUGAUCAAAUAAAUCUGUGCUUUGUUUGAGUUUAAAGAACAGUCUGAGCUGAAUCUGCUCUGAGGAAACAUGGGGAGAGCUGCUGGGGUGCACCUCACCUGCUUUGGCCUGCUGCUGGCUUUGGCUGCUUCACAACUAAACAAGCUCUGUAGGGAGGACCAUGGAGGAAUUUAAAACUUCUGUAACUGUGGCAGCUCACAAAAAGAUCACCUUUGAGCUCACGUACGAGGAACUUCUGAAACGCACUCGUGGCAAAUAUGAGCUGCUGAURCACGCUCGACCCAUGCAGCCUGUCAAAGACUUCAAGGUUGACGUGUACAUCUAUGAAAAAGCUGGGAUCAGUUUUGUUGAUGUGAAAGGAGGACUGAGCACUAAAGCCCUGGCUAAUGCCAUCACCAAAACACAUGAGGGAAACAAGGCCUGGGUGUAUUUCUAUCCAACUGUUGAUCAGCAGAAAACUUGUGACAGCUGUGGAGAACAAGGUAUGAAUGGAGAUCUGGUUAUUGUUUAUGACGUCAACAGAGACUCUGGACUGGGAGACAUCAAGACUUCAGAUGGAUACUUUGUUCAUCACUUUGCUCCAUCUAGUCUUCCCCGAAUACCAAAAAACAUUGUUUUUAUUAUUGAUCAAAGUGGCUCGAUGCACGGCAGAAAAAUGGAACAGACUAGAAUUGCCUUGAUCCAUAUUUUGAAUGACCUGGCUGAGGAGGACUUUUUUGGUAUUAUUUCAUUUGAUAGCCAAAUUUUUCACUGGAAACGGGAACUUGUUCAAGCCACCAGCGCAAAUUUGGAGGGAGCCAAGGAAUUUGCACAGAAUAUUAUGGACAGAGGAGCUACAAAUAUUAAUGCAGCAGUGUUGGAAGGAGCCCGUAUGCUGAACGCACAUCCCAGAGAAGGUUCAGCGUCUAUCCUGAUCCUUCUCACAGAUGGAGAUCCAACUACAGGAGAGACAAAUUUUGAAGUUAUUCAGUCAAAUGUCAGACGAGCCAUUGCAGGAAAGUUCCCACUCUACUGUCUUGGUUUUGGGUUUGAUGUCAAGUUUGAGUUCCUUGAGAAAAUGGCACUGGAGAACAAUGGUGCGGCAAGACGUGAUGAUGAUCUACAUUGGUGGAACCAAUUUGACCCAAACUAAUUUCAGUCAGUACUAUAAUGGAUCUGAGAUUGUGGUGGCUGGUGAGAUCAUGAACAAUGACAUUGAAACCUUCAGUCCACAAGUUGUGGCCAUUUCAAACAGUAGAACAAUGACGUUUUCUAACACCGAUACCCCUGUGGAGCCCUCUAAUGAAACAGUGGUUGAAGGUCGCCUUCAGAGGGUCUGGGCCUACCUUACAGUAAAACAGCUUCUGGAGAAAGAGUUGCUGUUUUCUGGACCUGAGAAGGACAAAGUGAAGAAAGAUAUUUUGGAGCUUUCUCUGAUGUACAACUUUGUGACCCCACUCACAUCAAUGGUGGUCACCAAGCCUGAGGGAGAGAACACACAAGUUCUUCACAAACCAAAGGAGGGGGAGGAUCAACAAUCCAAAACUCGUACAUCUUCUAGUCGAACCUUUUUAAGGGGCUCAUCCCAAAGGGUUAACAAAAUAUUGGGAAAAACAUCAUCAGUUACUAGACAGCGUGUUCCUGUUCGUUCUGAUCCUGGUCCUCCUGGUCCUCCUGGUGUUCUUGGUCACCAUGAUACAGCAUACAAGCUCUUACGUCAGGACUGGCAUCCUCUAUCUUCAGGUGUUAUGCCCUUUCUGUUUGACGAUUAUGUAGAUGAUCUUCUCCUGUCUAGAUCCAUACAACCUACGAUGACAACGACUGCUCRUCUUUCCCACAGACUUCUGUUAAAAGCUGAGAAUCAAUCCAAACCAUUAUGCUUCGAUGUCACAGGCGUUGCCAUUCUUAAACUUUUUCACCAUCCCAGCAGGGGGUUGUCUAUGAAUGGAGAGCUGGAUUCAGUGACAGAUGGGGGCUUUGAAAAGAUUGUCAUCCAUGUCGGAAGCGACCAACAUGUUGAGGUUGACACAGAGGGAGUCACUGUUCGAGAGGGGCAGUCUACGACACGCCACACAGGACAGAAUCCCAUCACAGCUGGAAGUGUGACGGUGAUCAUAAGGGAUGAAGAGAUAGACGUUGCUGCUGAAAACAUGCGGGUGGUCAUCUUAGUUCARAAAAAACAAGGAAAAAAAUUCCUUUGGCCAGUUUUACGACAGAAGCCAUCUGCCGACAACACUGAAGGGAUUUUAGCUUUAAAGACCGAAUAUGAGGAGGACCUGCAACCUGGCAAAACAAAGCUGAAGAUCAGAAACAAGAAGCUUACACCGAGGAGGUCGUUUGCUGAUGACUACAGUAUUUCCCCUCCUAAGAGAUCAUCCUGCUGGCUCCUGUUGCCUGAUCAUGCACUGCAGAGACAACUGCAAGACUUCCUCGCUGAACAAAUUUAAAGAGAGGACCAUGUUGAAAUGUUAAGGAAAAAGUGACUGAAAAUAAAAGAAAAAGGAAAAUCUACAAUGUGAUUUCAACACAAAGAAUACAGUUUUAUGUCUAACAUUAUAAAAGUAAUUAUGUAAUCAUGCACUCUGAUUAACCUGCAACCUUUUAAAUAAAUAUAAUGUUAAAAAAAUAAACUAUCAAUUUUUUUCYUAUUAAAAA